AUCGCCAACUCAUCCACCACAGCUUAGCAGCAACCACCAGUAGUGCCUCAAAGGCUCCUGAUCAACAAACUCUAGCUCAUCAGUGGUAGCUAAGCUUGCUACAUAGCAAGCAAUGGGUUACUCUAAAAACCUAGGGGCUGGCCUGUUCACCAUGCUGCUCCUUGCUCCGGCCAUCAUGGCUACCGACCCUGACCCUCUACAGGACUUCUGCGUCGCGGACCUCGAUGGCAAGGCGGUCUCGGUGAACGGGCAUACGUGUAAGCCCAUGUCGGAGGCCGGCGACGACUUCCUCUUCUCGUCCAAGCUGACCAAGGCCGGCAACACGUCCACCCCGAACGGCUCGGCCGUGACGGAGCUCGACGUGGCCGAGUGGCCCGGUACGAACACGCUGGGCGUGUCCAUGAACCGUGUGGACUUCGCGCCGGGCGGCACCAACCCGCCGCACAUCCACCCGCGUGCAACCGAGAUCGGCAUGGUGAUGAAAGGUGAGCUCCUCGUUGGAAUCCUCGGCAGCUUUGACUCCGGAAACAAGCUCUACUCCAGGGUGGUGCGUGCCGGAGAGACUUUCGUCAUCCCGCGCGGCCUCAUGCACUUCCAGUUCAACGUUGGUAAGACGGAAGCCUACAUGGUUGUGUCCUUCAACAGCCAGAACCCUGGCAUCGUCUUCGUGCCGCUCACACUCUUCGGUUCCAACCCGCCCAUCCCCACACCGGUGCUCACCAAGGCUCUUCGGGUGGAGGCCGGGGUCGUGGAACUUCUCAAGUCCAAGUUCGCCGGUGGGUCUUAACUUCCAUGAGCCCCAAAUGAUCAAUAUGAAUAUGUAAUUCUAUAUAUCCAUGUAUGCUGCGAAUUUAAUAGUACUCGACAGGAGACUAUAUUCAAGCUUCUGGAUAAGCUCGCAUUUCAUAGUAAUAAGAUUGAAUAAGUUAUCCUAGCGGUUCAGCCUUCAGAACCAAUGCGAGGACUUAAAAUGUAUUGCUUCUUAUUAUUGUCAUAUUUGUUCUUUUGAUUGAAGCGGAAUAUAUAAUUAUUGAUUUUAAUA